UUUAGUUCCGAGCCAGCACAGCCAGGCCUGCGCAGUCUCGGCGGCCGGGGAAGAUGGUGGAGGACGGCGCGGAGGAGCUGGAGGACCUGGUGCACUUCUCCGUGUCCGAGUUGCCUAGUCGCGGCUACGGCGUCAUGGAGGAGAUCCGGCGGCAGGGCAAGCUGUGCGACGUGACGCUCAAGAUCGGGGACCACAAAUUCAGCGCUCACCGGAUCGUCUUAGCAGCCUCUAUCCCGUAUUUCCAUGCUAUGUUUACAAAUGACAUGAUGGAGUGCAAGCAGGAUGAGAUUGUAAUGCAAGGAAUGGACCCAAGUGCCCUGGAAGCUCUGAUCAACUUUGCCUACAACGGCCACCUCGCCAUUGACCAGCAGAACGUGCAGUCGUUGCUGAUGGGGGCGAGUUUCCUGCAGCUGCAGAGCAUCAAAGACGCCUGCUGCACAUUCCUCCGAGAACGGCUUCACCCCAAAAACUGCCUGGGCGUGCGCCAGUUUGCUGAGACCAUGAUGUGCGCCCUGCUGUACGACGCGGCCAACAGCUUCAUCCACCAGCACUUUGUGGAGGUGUCCAUGUCAGAGGAGUUCCUGGCCCUGCCCCUGGAGGACGUGCUCGAGCUGGUGUCUCGGGAUGAACUGAACGUGAAAUCGGAGGAGCAGGUCUUCGAGGCCGUGCUGGCCUGGGUCAGGUACGACCGGGAUCAGAGGGGGCCCUGCCUGCCCGAGCUGCUCUCCAAUAUCCGCCUGCCCCUCUGCCGGCCCCAGUUCCUGUCGGACCGCGUGCAGCAGGAUGACCUGGUGCGUUGCUGCCACAAGUGCAGAGACCUGGUAGAUGAAGCAAAGGACUAUCACCUCAUGCCGGAGCGCCGGCCCCACCUGCCGGCUUUCAGAACUCGGCCUCGCUGCUGCACGUCUAUCGCCGGGCUCAUCUAUGCCGUGGGGGGCCUCAACUCAGCAGCAAAUUUUUAUGCAGGUGACUCCCUGAAUGUGGUGGAAGUGUUCGACCCCGUCGCCAACCGCUGGGAGAAGUGCCAUCCCAUGAGCACAGCCCGCAGCCGCGUCGGCGUGGCUGUGGUGAACGGGCUCCUCUACGCCAUCGGCGGGUACGACGGCCAGCUGCGGCUGAGCACCGUGGAGGUCUACAACCCGGAGACAGACACGUGGACGCGUGUGAGGAGCAUGAACAGCAAGAGAAGUGCCAUGGGGACGGUCGUGCUGGACGGACAGAUCUACGUCUGCGGUGGCUACGAUGGCAACUCUUCUCUCAGCUCUGUGGAGACCUACUCACCUGAGACAGACAAGUGGACAGUGGUGACCCCGAUGAGCUCGAACCGCAGUGCCGCAGGGGUUACAGUCUUCGAGGGCAGGAUCUACGUGUCGGGCGGCCACGACGGCCUGCAGAUCUUCAGCAGCGUGGAGCACUACAAUCACCACACAGCCACGUGGCACCCGGCGGCCGGCAUGCUCAACAAGCGCUGCCGCCACGGGGCCGCCUCCCUGGGAAGCAAGAUGUUCGUGUGCGGGGGCUACGACGGCUCGGGCUUCCUCAGCAUCGCCGAGGUGUACAGCUCGGUGGCGGACCAGUGGUGCCUGAUCGUGCCCAUGCUCACGCGCCGGAGCCGGGUCUCGCUGGUGGCCAGCUGCGGGCGGCUCUACGCCGUGGGGGGCUAUGACGGACAGUCCAACCUGAGCUCGGUGGAGAUGUACGACCCGGACACGGACCGCUGGACGUUCAUGGCCCCCAUGGCCUGUCACGAGGGCGGGGUCGGUGUGGGCUGCAUCCCUCUGCUCACCAUCUAAGGCGCAGGGGUGGGCCAUGGUGGGGCAGGGAUUUAGUACAAACACGGGCAGCACUCCCUCCCGGGGACCGUCCCCCUGGGGAGAGGUGCUGGACCAGACGACAAGGUGAAACGUGAGCUCGCCGGAGGUCCAGGGUUUCAGGUGCUUAAGUCCUCCUUGGCUGUGCAGCCCUUGUGAUCUUCAGGCCUGGGUGACCAAGAUACACAGCGGGGGACAGAGCCCCUGUGGGUCCCGCCACCGGUGACAGGGCGGCUCAGCUGGUCCACACAUCCGCGGGCUCCAUCCAAGCCCACCUCCCAGCCGCCGCAGCUCCGUGAGCCGCCCCUCUGCUGAGGGCUUUCCAUCUUGACAGUCCUCACCCACCACGCACCAGCCGUACCGUGGCCAGUUUGUAGGGGAGCGGCUGCAGUGGCCGAGGCCGCUGGAAACUGCUGGAUGUGGCCGGGGGAGAGGGGACACAGGCCAGAGGCCCUCACUUUGAGCCUACAGCAUGGCAGGGCCAGCUGCACACGGGCCCCUGCGCCUCCUUCCAUCCAAGGGCCCUGAGGAUUCUUGUCUACAUUGCUGAGCAAGCAGGGAGAACAGAAGCUUUUCCUGUGUCUAAUUUUGGGAUUGCCACGAGGUCUUUUUCAUCUUAUUCGAGAGAAACCGAGGGAGAAGAAAAAAAAAAAAGAUACUUGAAGGAAACUGAAGGAAAGUUAAAACAACACUUGAAAGAAACUGGAGGAAAAAUACUUUUUUCAAGUGAGCUUUUUUUUUUUUGGCAAGAAGAAAACAUAAAAGACACUAAGGGCAGUUACGUGUUUAAAUGGAAAACCUCCACCCGCCAUGAAAAGGGUGGUACCCGCUCCCACAUUCUUCGGAUCCCAGGGUCCCGAGGCCUCGCAGGGCACGCGGGGUUCCCUCUGAGCCCCCCAUGUGUCUGGAACCAGUGCACUCUCACCAUGUCCUGUAGCACGGUGCUCACGGGGUUUGUCUCCACACCCACUGUCAGCGGACUUUUUUAACUGUAGGCUUAGCGAGUUGGCUGUUACCGCCGCCCUUCUAGGUGGGAGCUCCCAGCUUGUCGCUGGCGGCUCCACGUGCCCCGGUGGUCCCCUCCUGCUGCCACUCGCGUUCCUCCCUUCCUUGACCAGAUGCUCAUUUGCCCACCUGUCCUUCUCGGAUAGUUUUCCUCCUCAUGACGCUUCUGAGGCACAUCGACCAUUUGUACCUCGAGAACCUAACCAGGGACUUGGUCCUUCCACCAGCCCCGGGGCUGGCUUGGUCCAGCCGCCGCCUCUCCCCCGCCAGUCCGCUGCUCCCCCAUCCACUUGCCAACUCCAGGGGUCUGGCCUCCCCUCCAGCCCUUGGCAGACCGACCAGCAAGGUGGACCUUUACACUCUCGCAAAGCCGGCUUUACGACCCAAAGAAGUAAAAGCCGAAAGAAUCUCUUGCUGCUGCGAAGAACAGAUUUUAUAUUUCUUCCUAUGAUCUUAGCAAACGACCUCUUGACUCCACACUCCUCCUUCGCCCUCCCUGGAUAGGACCUUGACGUUGCACAGUGGGAAACCGACAGGAGGACACUUCUGUGACCAGUGCGCUGGGCAGGGGAGCUGUUCCUCAACUGCUGCUGCCAAAAUUAGGUUUUCCUAAAAUUCUUCCAGUAGAGACUUAAGAGAGGAUACGUUUCCAACGCGAGAUUGGGUCUCAGGGUCCCAGUCUCUUCUUGGUUGGUCUCUUGCCCACCGCCACCUCUGCCCGGGUGUCCUGGAAGCCCUUCAGAAAGGCAGGAAGUGGCAUUCUGAGACAUCUCUCCUACCCUGGGACCAGGAGGCUUACCACUGUGUGCAAUCGCCAUAUUUCCAGAGGAAGUACCUUUGACACCUGCCACUUAGGUGGAGCUGGGCCUCUGCUAAAAGCGCCCGAAAAUGAUGUUUUUAUUUUAAAAGACUUCACAGUCUGAUCCAGUUUAAGCCCAGGCUCACGGCGGAGCUCCAGCAUUUCUCACUCCCUGUCUGUCUGCCUCUUGAGGUAGACUUGGAAGGAGGGUGGGGUCUGUGUUUCCUGUUAAGAGAGGAGUUUCCGAUGCACGUCUUCUUGUAAGCCCGUUCCUUUUGUGAAUUUGCAACAGCACUGACAAGCCUGAGCUGUGAAUGUGUUAAGAAUCAGCAAGUGGGCCUCGCCAGGUCCUUAGGAUGCUGACCCAGAUUUUGCCAUCGGGGUUGAGAGCUCAGUUUCCCACGAUCUGCCACUCUUGUGGUGGCCUUCCUAUACCCACUCCCACCUCCUGGCGCAGAAGUCAUACUGCCACACCUGGGCUCAGUGUUUCCGAGUAAGGUGGUGCUUUGACUUGGGCUCUCAGCACAAGUGAGCCGACACCAACAUUUCACGCUCUCCACAGUAGGUUCCUCAGUCCAAUGGUCAUAACUUUUCACAGAUGGCUGGUCUGACCCUUUGGUGUUGGAGCCUUUCCAGGAAAACCAUGAAACGACAUCACCCAGAGAUACUGUGGAAAUAAUGUGGGACAGACACUGAACAGUGAGCCUUGGGGUCCAGUCCAGCUCUGAGCAGAGGGCCGUGGCAUCAGCCGUCCUUGGGUAUUUCCCCUUAGGUAAUAACACAAGGAGCCUUCUCUUCUGGGUUUCAUCUGAGAGCAAAGCCAGGAUGGGAGCUGAAGACCAGCCUUUUGACUUGGCCACAGAGAUGUGAGUAGGUAGGAAUUCUGACUCUCCCUCCCCCCAAUUUAUUGUUUCCCAGAAAAUCUUCAUUCCUUUUAUUUAUAGAACGCAUGUCUUUUAUGUUAAGAAACCAAAGAGAAAUAAAGAGUACACUCCUAAUACCUUCUUGCCCUUCCCUGAUUUAUUUCUUUUAAUUAGAGGUGAAUCGUAUUUUUAUUGUAAUUCAGUGUAAAAAUAUUGAACAAAGUGAAAAUGUUUCUGUGAAAAUAAGAAAAAAGCCUAACUGGAUGGCAGAUGUAGUUUUCAAAGAGACGUGUGUGUAUUUUAUAAGAAUGGGUUCCGAUGAAAAAACUUCAUGAACAUGUUGCAUGCUUGCUCCUGUCCGUAUCACCCCUUUCUUGGAUCUCCCCCCUUUUCUUUACUCCGUGCCGUAAAACUCCACAAGAGUUCCCCAGCAGAAUGUGACUGGCCUGUGACUGCCUGGAACCGAAACACCCAGCUCUUUUUUUUUAAUACUCCAAGCCAGAGGUACCUAGCUUUGGUACAUGUAGAAGUCACUGGAAAGGUUUUAAACCACAGAUUGACCCCCUUCCCAGAGACCGGUUCCCUCGGACUGGAGCACAGCUCAGGUCCUUAUGCAGGCAAGUCUCCACCGUGGCUCAUAGGCUCAUCCCUGUGUGAGAACCGGGCCCCUGUGUGUAGUUUCCACUUCCCCAGAUGGAGCCACGUUCCACAUCUGUCUUCCUGAGACUGUACGCUGGUUACUGUGGCGGUGGACCUUAGGAAACUGCAUCCACACUCUUCCUAAAGUCAGCUGUUGGCCAGUCUCAUCCAGUGGGUAAUGGUUACACUCUCAGAUGACAAUUAAGGUUUUGGAAGGGUAUGUCACUCCCCCAUACACCCCACCAGCACUGUUGAUUCUCUCUUGGUCAUCUCAGUAAGUAACCUCCACGCUCAGGCUCUUGUGCCCGUUACUACCAGGUAACGUGGCUCAUUUUAGCAUAAAGAAAUGAUCUCCAAAGAACUGAGCAACUGACCUGAUCUCAUCAACUAGCCGAUAGUAUUGUCAAGAACCGAAGCCAGAUCUCCACGCUUACUGUCCAGUUCAGCUGAGGGGAGCAGUGCUUUCAUCCUCUGGAGCAGCUGAUCCUGCGAGCCCGCAGCGUGGAGGCCUGCUGCCCAGCACCGUGACGGGCCUUCGAGAAGCAGGCUGGGCAGUGAGGGAGAGAGAAGAAACCAUGUUUGGAUUAUGGAAACAGGUACCUUUGUGUCGAAACAGGAGACCAGAUUAGCUGUGGGAGAAAGGCCAAAUGCCUGUGAUGUGCUAACAGCCCUUUCCGUGUAACCUACACCGCUUUGCUCAGAACCAGAGACCCUGGGAGCACAGGGUAGCCCGAGGAGCUCUGGCUCGGCUCAUCUGCUUGACUUUCCGUUUCCCUGCUGUUCACUGAACUCCUCUGCCUUCACAACUAGCAACAGAGCCCACUCCUCUUCACCCCAAAGACCAGCGGCACUGGUUUUUACUGCUGCUCCCAAUAACAUAGUUUUACCCAACCGAAAAAUGGCAGGGGAAUCACGGUUCUUACCAAUUAUCUCCCAGGCUUACUGUUCCCUAUUUCAUCUCAACUGAUGACACAAAAUGUUUUUCUCUAGUGGAGCUCGGUUCCCUGUUUAACUCUUUUUCUAGGUUUGCCGUUCAGGGUAAAAAUGCAGACCACCUAACGGGGCAGAGAAGGCUGCUGUGGUCUGGCCUCUCUGGUCGGCCUGGCACGUCUCCUCCACGCUUGUUUCUAACGGAACCCCAGCUGGGCAGUGGCCUGUGUGCUUGUCUCACUCACGAGAUGGUGAGCUCCUUGAGUCACCCCUAGUGUGUGUCAGCGCUGGACACAUAGAAGAGACACAACCAUUAUUUUCUUGAAGAACUUGAGGGCAGUCAGGUAUAUGCAGAUCCAGAGUUCACCUAAUCAUGCUUCCUAGUUUCCCUUUGUUUUGCAUCACUGGGUUUUUUAAAAUAAUUUUAUUGAGGUAUAAUUUAUUCACUCAUUCUAAGUGUGCAGUUCAAUAGUUCGUAGUUAAUGUGCAGAGUUGUGCCACCAUUGCCGCUGCCCCGCGUUACGAUAUUUUCAUCACUCCAUAAAGUUUCCUCGUGCCCAUAUGCAGUUCGUCCCCAUUCUCACCCUCAUCCUUGGGCAACCACUAUUUUGCUUUCUGUUUCUGUGGAUUUCCUUGUUCUAGAUGUUUCAUAUAUAUGGGAUCAUACAGUAUGUGGUCUUUUGUGUCUGGCUUCAUUCCUUGGAGUACUGUUUUUGAGAUUCAUUGAUGGCAUAGAAGGUAUUGGUAGUUUGUUCUUUUUAUUUUAUUGUUCCUGUGAAUAGUAUUCCGCUGUAAGCAUAUACCACAUUUUGUUUAUCCACUUUUUUUUUCACCAAUUGAUGAAUGUUUAAUUUGUUUCCAGCGUGGGGCUUUUAUGAACAGUACUGCUAUGAUGUACAAGUUUUUGUUCUCAUACGUUUUCAUUCCUCAGGUAGACUGUUAGGAGCAGAAUUGCUGGAUCAUGCAUACGGUAAGCUUACGUUUAACCUUGUAAGAAACUGACCAUUUGUAAAACAACAAAAAAGAAAGAAACUGACCAUUUGUAUUUCUCUAAUGGCUAAUGGUUUUUGAGCAUCUUUUCAUGUUCUGGUUAGCCAUUUGUAUAUCUGUAAUAAAAUAUCUACUGAAAACUUA